AUGGCGCCGCUAUCACCAGAAUCGCAGAAUGCGAUUGAUCGCUUGAGGAGAUAUACUCCGCCCCCAACGAACUACUAUUCUAUGCCGUCUACAAGGCAGGCUUCAGUAUUAUUACUGCUCUUUGCCGAUCGGAGAGGGGAUCUCCGAGUUAUCUUGACCAUACGUGCGAGCACCCUCAAAUCAUAUCCUGGCCAAGCAGCUCUACCGGGAGGGAAGUCAGAUGGACCAAGCGAGACUCCAUUUCAAACAGCUCGGCGCGAAGCGUACGAAGAAAUUGGCCUUCCAAACAUAGACCAGCAGAUGCCUUCGCCCUUCUGGGUUGAGCAUCUCUGUGAAUUACCCGCUAGCCUGGCUCGGACGGAACUUGCUGUUCGGCCGUGUAUUGCGCUCUUACAUUCCCAUAAUGAAAAGACAGGCGAAGAUGCCGAUCCAGAAGAAGCAUUUAUACCCCAAUUAGAUGCCAAAGAAGUGGCGGCCGUUUUCACUGCCCCAUUCCAUAACUUCUUGAAAGUGACCGAUGAACCUCGGGCAGAAGAGGAUACCCUGCCCGGAAAACCAAGUGAUUGGUAUGAAGGAUCAUGGACGAAGUGGAAUUCAACCUGGUGGAGAAUGCACCACUUCUUCGUUGCUAUAACGAAUCAGAAAGUUGCUACACCCAAGAAACAUAGUAAAGAGCAAGAUGCUGCCAUCGACCAGUUAGAAGAGGAGAAGAUCUCGUUGGGUCUCGAGCGCUUUCGAGUGUUCGGUAUGACGGCCCGCAUCCUAGUUGAUGCCGCAAGAGUUGCAUACGACGAAGUCCCCGAGUUCGAGCACAACAGCCAUCUUGGAGACGAAGAUAUGAUUUCCCGACUAAGAAUGCUUGGAAGAUUUAGUGAAGUAGUUGAUCGUGAAGAUACCCUGACUCCGGAGAUAUUUGAGAAAGCAGCAAAACUAACAUGA